GGGCCCGCUAAAUAGCUGCGCUGGAGUGGCCGCACUCGUAACGAGUGGCUGGCCGUUUUCUAUCGACUACCCGUUCUGCCCGUCGUAUUGCCCACCGAGGACAAUGAGCGAGAUGCCGUCUCGGACAUGCUUGCACUGAAUCGGCAGCCGCAGCGAAUCUGUCGCCCAACAACGAUCCAUCUGAUUGCUUGCAUCAAACGAGCCACACGACACUCGCCGCUCGUCGCCCCCCCCCGAGCACCAUGCGGCCACCAAAGAGCCCUGCAUCGGCGUUGGCCAGGGUGUGUCGGCGUGACGGCGCUGACUGGCACGGGGCGGGUGUUCAGGUCCUGGGUGGUUUUUUUCGCUUGCAACGCGCCUGGUCCCCAGACCGGCAUCGCAAGCAUCAUCGACCCUCUUCAGGCCGCCAUCGCAUCUCCAGGCUGCCGACCACACCCUCCGCACCCAAGAUGGUCUCUUACACAUUCAGAUGGAAGCGCCCUGGUCCUCAAAGCGUCAUCGUCACCGGGACGUUCGACCAGUGGAGCAAGACCCUGGUCCUGGCCAAGAAGGAGGACGGCACCUUCGAAAGCAUCAUUGACCUGCCGCCACCCACUUCAAGCGACGGGGAUACAAUCCUCUACAAGUUUAUCGUCGACGGCGCUUGGACCCACGACGAUACCGAAAACUUCCGGGUUGAUCAGAGCGGCAACGUCAAUAACAUUCUUGUUCUGAAACCCAGCGACACUGCAGCCACCACGCCUGUUGUCCAGCCGGCGCCAUCGGAAAGUCAACAUGAGCCUAUAGUUGAAUCUGUUGUGAAAUCAGUGACAGAAAUCGUCAGCAUUGUUGAGGAAUCGCCUGACCGCAAGCGCUUCGACGUCAUUGGCUUCGACUCAGACGAGGCCACCGAUGUUUCGGAGGACAGUCUUCAAGAGGCACUCAAGGUCAGCCUGAACAAGCUUGGCGCCACCGGUGAUCUGAUUGUCUCCGAAUCAAGCUCGCCAGCUUCUUGCCCUAACAACGAGGGCCUCAGCCCCGACAGCACGACGAUUGGGCUUGUAUCCGAUGGCGGAGUCAGCAACGAGCAAGAUCGGGAUGUCCAUGUUGACGAUGACGAUAUCCAUGUUGAAGAUGUCGAUGACAAUCGUGUUCGACUGGACUAUCGAUUUCUCGAUACCGAUAUUGGCCAGAGCCGAGACAUUCAUGCCAAAGUCAGCAGCAAUGAUGCCGAGGAGCUGGACGAGGAGCUGGAUGAGGAGCUGGAUGAGGAGCCGGACGAAGAUGAUCAGACCGGCGAAAACCAGAGACUGCAGAGCCGCGCCGGCAAGGAAGUCAGCAAGACCCACGACCAGACCUUUUGGCUCUUGGCUCUGAUUAUCACAGUGGUGAAAAAUGCAAAGUGCAACAUAUUGUAAAGCCCGUCCUAUCGGGUGCCCCUUGCAGGCUUGGUCUCGGACCUGGCCGUUCUGGCUGGCCGUUCUGGCUGGCCGUUCUGGCCGGUGACUCGGAUCCCUCCGCGAACUACUUUCCGUCUUUCAGUUCCAUUAUGCCUGUCCAGUGAUCAUGUACAAAUGAACA